AUGAUGAACUUCAAACUGUCGGUGCAAGAUAUAAACUUCAUUUGCCCAUUGUGGAAAUAUUUUAGUUGUGUUCUAAUCACCCCAUGGUACGAUUUCGACAAGAACUGUCUAUACAAACCCAACAUAAACAAACUAAUUGGGUGCAUUUUCCUUGCAUUUAAAUUGUCAUGGAUCGUCGCUCUCACAGUCAGCGAUACUGUACAACAAAUCCUCGACAUUAUGCCAUUUUCACAGAAGUGCCUCUACAUUUUAACUUGUAUCAACUUAAAAAUUUUUAUUUUUAUGGUUUUCAUGAAAUCUUGUUUCUGGGAUGUGGACAAAUGGAGAGUUAUGAUGACAAAUUUCCAGUACGUUGACGAGAAGUUAAAUAAUACAGGGAAAAAGGAGUUGAGAGUUUUGAAGAAUUUUUACUUCGGCUUUAUUGUGAAAGAAGUUCUCUUUUUCUUGUUUGGAGCAUAUGAAAUGUAUAUUUGGUCAAUUGUUUUGGAACUUUCAUUCUUUAAAGGACUGACAAUGGGGCCAAUCAUAGAUUUGUAUUACGAAUUUCAGUUUAUUGCUUUUUUGACUUGCGUAAUUGAAUGUGUAAGAGUAAGAUACGAAGAUUUAAAUGCCAGGCUCUUUAGACUGAAUUCAAGUCUAAGUAUUGUUAAAGAUUUGCGAAAUCUUGUCGAGUAUUAUCGAAUAUUGGGAGAAAUUAUAGACAUUUUUAAUACACUAUUCGGUUAUCAGAUUAUACUGCUGAUAUUUCACAGUGGUUUACAGAUCAUCAGUAGUCUAAAUUUUUGUUUUACGAUUAUCACACACACUGAUGGGCCCUUGUACCAUCAUUUUAUUGUUGCAAAUGUUUCUGUGUUAUUCAUUACAGUGUUUAAUCUUCUGAUGAUUGUUUUUCCUAUCGACUCCACUACUGAAGAAAGCAAAAAAUUUAUUGAUCUGUGUUUCAAAAUUCAAGAAUAUUUUAUUGAAGACUGUCCCAGAAUAGAGACUUUAGUAAGACUAACGAAUUUUUCGAAGCAUUACUUUCGAGAGUUUCGACCGGCCGGAUUUUUUAGCAUUAGAAAAGCUUUAAUUUUUUGUUUUAUUGGAAAUGUUGCAACUUAUGUUAUCUUAACGUUCCAGUUUAACGAAGCAAUUAUUAGAAUGUAAAAAAUUGACUGUUACCUACGGUGCCAAAAAAUUAAAAUAUGUGGUUUUG